UACAGCGGACUCUUACCAGGAGUUUAUUUGCUAAAAGACUUUAGAACAAGAUCCGUUAUUUUGGAGGCAGGUAGAUCGUGUCAUAAACUCCUACUGACGUGGCGUAUUGUGUUGUGUCGAUCAUGAAAUGUUCACAUAUUGUUACCCUUGUCAGCUUCAUGUUUGGUACUGUUAUUCUGGGAACAUCAGAAAAUGAUAAACAAUCUCCUAAGGAUUUGACAAGUGAGCCAGGCCAUAUGAAACCAUUUGGAUCAGGUCGCCCAAGUAGGCAGAUUGAUGCAGUCGAUGGUUUUCCCGAUCAGAGGGCUUUUUUGAGAGACUAUGCUUUUGGAUCUAAACCACUAAAGAUGACGGGAGCUGCAAAAUUGUCACCCGCUUUCAAUUUGUGGACAGACGAUUAUUUUCUGUCGCUUGAUUUACCAGAAGAAAGUAUCGUGCAUCUUGAAACGAUAAAGAAAGAGAGCAGACAGCAAGACACGGAAGAUAUGAAGUUUCAAGACUUUAUAAAGAUUUACAACAAAACUGAAUACUACAUGGUGGAUGCUGUCCCUGAAUAUCUUGGAGGUGACUUAUUGUUCCCGUGUGCAGUCCAGUGUACUCAGCUAAUGGAAGAAAGUGUUGUCACUGCGAUGAUGUGGUUCAGCAGUGGGGGAACUAAGUCUGUCGUUCAUGCCGAUGCUGUUGACAACAUCAACUGUCUCUACCGGGGAAACAAGACGUUUGUAAUGGUGGAUACCAACAAAUACAGGGACAAGGUAGAUCUGGACCACCCGGAGGGCCUGUACUCCAGCAUGGACGUCGACAGGGUUGACUUCACGAAGUUCCCAGGCUUAGCUGAGGUGGAGUUCUUCCAUGUCAACAUGACGGCUGGAGAUUGUCUCUACAUCCCAUACAGAUGGAUCCACCAGGUGCAGUCUUUCGGCAGCAACCUGGCGGUCAACAUCUGGUGGGACCACUACAGUGCCAGGGACACUGACCUCGACACCUGUGGCACCUCCUGCGACUCCAGCAUCACCCUCACCAACGUCAAGCUGCAUGGCAUGGACUCCACCAUGUCCAACAUCGGCUCCAUCAAGGAUCAUCUCAUCAAUACAGUGGCCAUUCGAGGCUUGGAUCUGGAUGGUUUCAAGAAAGUAUUUGCUGAAGAUAUGAUAGAGACUAUUCCCAAUGAAGAAUCAAAAGCCAAAAUUGCAAGUGUCUACAAUGAACUAAUGGAUGAGUUCUUCAGAACCUUAGACGUUGACAGCGAUGGUGAAAUCAACACUCAGGACCUGUUGACAGUUCCAGAGCAGGCAUGGUGGGACGCCCAGACGUACAUCGCGGAGGUGCAGCAGCUGUUGGGAGCGGGGGAAGGGGAGGACGAGGACCUGGUCACCGACCCGGAGGACUUCCACGAUGAGCUGUGAGGCCUGUUCACCCAGAGUUCUCAUCAGUCGUCUACACAUCCUGGAUACGAACACAGUGGAUGAUAUCUGAUUGAGCCAAAGAACCAUGAUUGUUAGGGUAUAUUUUCAUCGUAGUGCCUGGUGACUGUAAUUCAUUGCUGAACUGGGAUUACAAUGAGACUAAAGUAUGAAAAAUAUUGGUGAUCUAAGAAAAUGUUUUUAGGUGUUACUGUUGAAAUGUGUUCCACAAUGACAUAGGCUAUAUAACCAUGGAACUUACAUACAUGUCCAGGUGUAAGGAAACGUUGGAAGAGUCCAUUGUUAGACACAUGGGAGUGGUCCAUAACGUGAACAAUUAAGGGGAAGGGUUUUGAAACAACACACAACUUAGGUUAUGGUCAUGACUAAAAUUGAGGUUUGAAUAAUUAAUGUGAUCUCAUGAUAACAAAUGCUCUCUGUUGCAUGGGUGGGGGGGAGUAAGAGAUGUUUAGAUAUGAUGAUAGCAAAUGUGGUUUGUGGAGGGUGUCUUAAAAACACACAUCCCCCAUCUCCCCUCUAUUUUUUUUUCUUCCAGAUGUGUGCAUUACAUAGGUCUGCUGCCAUAUAAUAUUAAUAUUGCAUAUUGAUUGAAGUGUUCAUAAAAUCCUUUAAGUUUUGGCAGAGGCCGAGUGGUGAGGGGUUGUCAGCAAGGUGAUACACUCAGCUGCUGAUGAGAGUCAUAAUCAUUCCAAGUGGCGACGGGAGUUUGAUAACCACAGCUAUAUUUUGAAUAUUGCUUUUAGGCAAUUAGCCUGUGGGCAAGAUGUUUUACUUCUGUAGAGCAAACUGUGUGUACAGAAUAUUAGCAGUGCCAAAGUAGAGUUUGGUUCAUACAGCAGGGAAAUGAAUAUGUGCUUAUGGCUUCAUGUGCCAUUGUGUUCCAAAUAAUAUUUAAUUGAACACAGGCCAUAUGCCAUUGUGUUCCAAAGAUUUUUUAAUUGAACACAAGCCAUAUGCCAUUGUGUUCCAAAGAUUAUUUAAUUGAACACAGGCCAUGUGCCAUUGUGUUCCAAAUAAUAUUUAAUUGAACACAGGCCAUAUGCCAUUGUGUUCCAAAGAUUAUUUAAUUUGAACACAGGCCAUAUGCCAUUGUGUUCCAAAUAAUCUUUAAUUGAACACAGGCCAUAUGCCAUUGUUUUCCAAAUAAUAUUUAAUUGAACACAGGCCAUAUGCCAUUGUGUUCCAAAGAAUAUUUAAUUGAACACAGGCCAUUUGCCAUUGUGUUCAAAUAAUAUUUAAUUGAACACAGGCCAUAUGCCAUUGUGUUCCAAAUAAUAUUUAAUUGAACACAGGCCAUAUGCCAUGAUGUUCCAGUCUGUAUUGUUUAUGAAUAGCAUCUGAAAGUCUCUAGGAUUAUAGAUCUUCCGCAGUCUGCCUCUUCACUGUCAUGUUUGAGUGUGAUGGUGUUGGAUGGAUUACCAA